GAUCCAACAUAAUAAAUCAUAAGGAAAUCGUUGUUGACAUUGACGUAUUUGUCACAACUUUGUGAUCCACUUUCCACAACAAAUCGUAAAUUCCGAUAAUCCGGAAUAAUUAUUCAAUUCCUCAAGAGCUAAUGCACCACCAUUUUAUCACUGAAUACAAAAAUGUCACGGUCUUCGACUAAGUUCGAUAUGAAGAAAGUGCAGAAUUCAGAGCUUGUAACUCUUACAUAUGGGGCCCUUGUCGCUCAGAUGAUCAAAGAUAUGGACACAACAGAAGAUGUAAAUAAGCAACUAGAAAGACUAGGUUACAAUAUGGGUAUAAGGCUUAUUGAAGACUUUCUUGCAAAGACUGGUUCUGGGCGAUGUUUAGACUUGAAAGACACUGCAGAUAAGAUACAGACUGCCUUUAAAAUGUAUCUGGGGGUGCAGCCAAAUGUUGCAAAUUGGAGUGCUGCGGGAGAUGAGUUUUCUUUUAUUCUGGAUACCAAUCCUCUGACGGAUUUAGUGGAGAUUCCUGAGGAUCUGAAGAACUUGAAGUAUUGUAAUUUGAUCUGUGGGGCUAUAAGAGGGGCAUUGGAGAUGGUCCAGCUUGAAGUUCAAAGUUGGAUAGUUCAGGAUCAAUUGAAAGGAGACCAAAACACAGAGAUUAGGGUGAAGUUUAUCAGGCGGUUAGAAGAUGCUAUGCCAGCUGGUGAAGAUUAGGUUUAAUUUUGUAAAAUAUUUAUUAUAUUGGUUAAUUUAACAUACACAAGGCUUCACUAUACAUUGACCCCCUUAACUUUCUAAUGACCUUCUAGAAGAAAAAGUUAUAUGCUCUAAUAUAAAGUUUUCCAUGCAUUUUGUUUGUAUAUUUCAGAAAAGUGAUAAAGUAUUUUUGUAAAUGGAACACCAUCUAUAUUUUCUGUGAAAAUGAUGGUGCCUUUUUCUAAAUUCCAAAUAUACAUGAUUUGUUAAACUCAUUUUUAUAACUUAUGUAUUUUGACUAUACCAGAUUGCAUAGGCUGUUAGAUGUAAACUGGUUCUAACUCGGAUACACAUGGGUUAAUGACACACGAAAAUUAAAGUUUUUGGCCAAGCUAAUGAAAACAAGUUAAUAACCAUAUAUAUUUUUAAUCGGAAAAUCAUUCUCACCUAUAAUAUACAGGAUGUUCCAUUUAAAAUGAUACAACUUUAUUCAAUAGUACUUUUCUACAAAAUAAUAUAUGAAGAAUUCCAUGUUAGAGCCUAUAACUUGUGUACAACUUUUUUGUAAGGUCAUGCAAAAAAUUUGUAGGGGGGUCAAUUCCUAGCCUGAUACCCCAUACCCAUGUAAUCAUAGAAAUAAAAUUCCAUUAUGUAUGAUAGAGA